ACAUCCCACCCUGGGGGCUAAAAAUGUCAGCCACCUUCAUCAGUAAUAACACAGCAAUCCAAGAGCUCUUCAAACGUGUCUCCGAACAGUUUACAGCUAUGUUCAGGCGCAAGGCCUUCCUGCACUGGUACGUGGGCAAGGGCAUGGAUGAGAUGGAGUUCACCGAGGCCGAGAGCAAGCUUAAUGACCUGGUGUCAGAAUACCAGCAAUACCAAGAUGCCACAGCUGAGGAGGAGUUUGAGGAGUGUGUGGAGGAGGAGGAGGUAGCCUAGAAACUUCCUUUUCUAGGUAAAGGGGGAAGCAGUGUUGAUUCUUUAGUGUGUUCUGAUAGCCAUUGUCAGUACGCACUUCUUUGUCUUUUCAUCUUCUCCUGCUGUAUUUUAAAGCAUUUUCAUAGUAAGUAAUUUGGCCUAA